AUGGCUCAAGAGAAAAUGGAGCUGGACUUUGAGCCUGACACAUCUGAUGGGGGCACCCUGAGGAGAUCCAGCAGCGCUCCCCUGAUCCAUGGGCUCAGUGACCUUUCACAGGUUUUUCAACCUUACACAUUUAGAACUCGAAGGAAUAGUACAACGAUUAUGAGCCGUCACAGUUUGUUGCUGUCAUCCUCACCUAAUCGUAUUCCUAGCAGCAGACUGCAUCAGAUUAAAAGGGAAGAAGGCCUGGAUAUGAUGAACAGAGAAACUGCCCAUGAAAGGGAAGUGCAAACGGCAAUGCAGAUAAGCCAAUCAUGGGAUGAGAGCUUGAGCCUGAGUGAUAGUGAUUUUGACAAGCCGGAGAAAUUAUAUUCUCCUAAGAGAAUUGACUUCACUCCAGUUUCUCCAGCACCUUCACCCACCAAAGGAUUUGGAAAGCAAUGCUUUUCACCAUCCUUACAAAUGUUCGUGAGUAGCAGUGGGUUGCCGCCGAGUCCCGUUCCUAGUCCAAGACGAUUUUCAAGGAGGAGUCAGAGUCCAGUCAAGUGCAUUAGACCCAGUGCUCUUGGUCCUCUUAAAAGAAAAGGUGAAAUGGAGACUGAAAGCCAGCCCAAGAGGCUCUUCCAAGGCACUACCAAUAUGCUAUCUCCGGAUGCUGCGCAAUUGUCUGAUCUCAGUUCAUGGUGGUGUUAUCAAGGAGAAGAAAUUCCUGCCUUGACCAGAUGUGUGGAGCAUCUACAAAUGAAUGAAUAAUGUUAUUUACACACAAACCACUGUGUACUAAAGCAUCCAUGGAGCUGUCAGUGUCUCAGGUGGUAUUAUGAGGCCUUAGGUGCCUUGGGGUACACUGUCGUGCUGUAAGGGAUGUGUAUUGUAAGGUAGGGUGGAAAAGGGGGCUUUAUAUGUGUGAUUGCCACAUACCGUUUUGGUUGCUGCUUUUUUCUGAUUCCUUUUUGUCAUUGGAUUUGUUUGUUUUGUCGUGUGGUGAUUGGUGUUUUGGUUAUUGUGUUACCACCACAAUUGGAAUCCAGUUUUUGUUCAUGCUUCCUUAUAGCAAGGGCAGUUUAAUAUCUACGAGAAAGCUUUUAGGAGCUGAAAAAGUCAAUGUUAUUGUGCAUUCUGCUCUUAAGAAGCUGUUUUAGCUAUGAACAGUAUACAUGCUAGUAAGUGUGAGGUGACAUAAGUUAUUUAAUUUUUAAAAGAGGGAACUCCUGACUGAGCUAUUUAACAAAUCUGAGUGUAAACUAUUGUUAUGUUAUUUAUUAUUUAUAACUGUAAAAUGUCGUGAUAGGUUUCUUUUGAUGUUCAGACAUCAUGGUUGGAUUGUAUUUAAUAUGCAAAUUUUCCUGCUAGGAUAUGAUAUUCCAUUUUUAAACGAAUGUAAGGAAUGAAAACUACUGCAGCAUUUGUGUCUUUUGAAGGCAAAAAUCCUUGGAUUUUAAAGGAAGAUGAUGUGCUUUUGGAGGCACUCACAGACUCGUGAUAAUGUGUGGCUUGAAGGGAAACCUAUUCUCUUUCAAUUACAAGCGAGCAUCACUUAGCUUGCAGUAGUUCUGUUACAGCAUCACAGCUAUUCUUUAUUUUUAAUUAUAAUCACCACAACAGCCAUUAAUGGCUUUAUUUCUCAUAUUGUGUUCACCUGUGCAAAGCUCAUAGUCCUUCAAACCUAACAUAAAUGUAUUUAUUAUGAAGAUUGUCCCCUAGUAUGCUGUUUUAAAGAAAAAUUUCUUCAGUAGUAUUCAGUGUAUCUAUUCUGUUUAUAGAAGAACCAUGUUAUGAUGUUUCUGCUUCUGUGAUGAUAAUAGAUGAUUUUGUCUUACAGGAGAUUUAUCCACCUUCACUCUACUGUCUUCUUUGCCUUAAAGGGACAAUUUUUGCCAUCAUUUUUGGGCUCUAACUUAGGACUGUUAGGAAAUAACCUUUGAAAUGUGACGAUAUUUAAAUUUAUUUUUGAAAUUCAGUGGUGGGGUAGAACUAGGAUCAGAAAUUGAAAUUGUUACAGUGGCAUGAGAACUAGGAGGCAAGGUGAUUCACUUUACUGUUUAAACCAAGAUGUGUUUUUAGUUUUUAUUGUUUAAAUGGACUAGAAAGUUAAGUUUGUGCAGGGAUUAUUUUGAAAUAAAUAAAAGAGAUGCUAACCUGCAGAGGAGCUUUGUUGACAAUACCCCUUUAUUUUUAUAUAAAGUCUAAUAUUUAAAAAGUGAUUAUUGUUAUAAAGUAAAAUUCUCUCUUCCUAUACUAAUAUUAUAUCAUAUAUUUCAGGCUUCUAUUUAAAAACAGGUACAAGAGAUGAUAUAAGAAAAUCCUAUAGAUACAGUUUUUGCUUGACUGACAUAUAAUCACUGUGUUUCAUGAUAACUGCUUUUGGAAUAAUAGGAUGUUUUGUGAAAUGCUGGCCUUGUAUAUAUCUUAGAAUUCAAAUUUAAUAAAGUGUGUAUACCUGCAUAAAAUUUA